GCUGGCUGGCUUCCAGCAGCACUGCAUGCAUGCAUGUCAGCGUAAAGUAUAUAUAUGAUUCAACAUGACACCAACGCCUGUCAGCGGGCAAAGUUGUCCCCAUCUCAAACCCUUUUCUUUCUCCCACCCGACCGAGGGUCGCGGGGAGGCGGGCGGGCACUUGACGUCUGGUGGCACGCAUGGCACCGCACGCACGCGUCGUCAUGUCACGGCAAUACUACUCCGACCUCGAAGUCGCCCCCGACUUGACAACCCCCGAGGCAUAUCAUGAGGAGAAGAUUGCGCACUACAACAACGGGACGCUGCCCCACGCGGAACUGUCUACUGAGCCGCAUCACCAGCACGAGCUCGCAAGCUCGCAAAAACCGUCCCACCAGCGCACAAUAUGCGGGCUGUCACGACAAAAGGCAUUUUGGCUUGCCUUGGUUCUGGCCGUCGUCGUCCUUGUCGCUGUAGUAGGCGGCGCCGUUGGCGGUACGCAGGCUGCCCGAUCCAAGGACAACGACAGCGAUAAAACCAACAACAACAACAACACCAGCGAUGUGCCAUCGUCGUCUACGACACCAACCGCGCGAGACCAGCCAACCAAAACCAUCCUCACCACCACCACGCAAGCCAACCCCACCCAAACCCUCUACCGCGACUGCCCCUCCUCCAACAACACCAUCUACAACGCCCUCGGCUCGACCGCGUACCAGUUCCGCAAGUUCUGCAACGCCUCCUUCCAAUGGUCCGCCGGUGCCGGUGGAAGAAACGUGGUCAACCAGAGGACGAGCAGCCUCAACGACUGCAUCGACCUGUGCGUCGCCUUCAACGUCAAGAACCGCACCGAGAUCGCCGCCGGGACCAGCAACGCCUGCAACGGCGUGUGCUGGCGCAACGACAUCGGCGACCCGGAUUGGCCGGGGCAGUGCUUCGGGGCGACGAUUCAGAAUUCGUCGGAGGCCGGGUUUCCUGUCACGCGGGAGACCAUCUGUGAUUCGGGAGCUUGGGUGAACCAGCGUUUACUAUGAAGGGGGGGGUUCCUUAUCUAUGGAACGACUCCAAAGGUCAUCACCCCGCUCGUCUUUCUAAUGUGAGCAAUAGCGUAUUCUAGACUUUAGGAAAAGUGAUAUAAAAGACAUCACGCCAGGAGCAUGGCGUGGAGGCACCAUCGCAGCACCAGCACCAGCACCAGCAGUCGAUACAUGCAAUCUCACGAGCAACAAACCCAUCCCCACGAUACGGCGGCCCGGCCACUUGGGCGCGUCCAGUACCCAUGUUGUCGUCGUCGUUAUUAUUAGUAGUGGUAGUAGUAACUAAGUUCCAUGGGUAGCGGCCGUGGCGUGGUAGUAGUCAAGGUUGGUGGUGGUGGU